UAGAACUUUUUUAAAAAACUAGCUCGCCAACGGCUUCCCGUGCGCGCGCUUUCCCCCGCUCUCGCCCACGGCGGGGGGGGGGGCAAGUUAACGCGAGAGGAUGGAACAGAGCAGCUUGAGGAUCGCGCGCGGGACGAUGAAUGGAGCCGCCGCGGUGAGCCAAUGGGGGCCGAAGCGCGACGCACCCACGCACGGCGCGACGUUCCGUGCGUCGGUCGCGUAAGGCAGCGCAGCGCCCCCUUCCGAGCAGGUGGAGGAGCGCUUGGGGGGGAUGCGGGCGUGAUUGACAGCUCGCUUUUUUCCCGGGGAACGUUCCAUUCCCUUGAGCAGCCGGCGGAGGCGCCUUUGCAAGCAGCAGCAGCAGCAGCAGCGAGCCUAGCUUGGCCUUGCAAGCCCGAGCGGACCUUUCAGUCGCCUGCAGCAAGCAAGCAAGCAGAGCCAGCCAGCCAAGCCCAGCGCCAGCCGCAACCCUGGCAGGGAGAGAGCACGGAGCUGCCAGGCAGGCAGGGGCCAGAGGAGGAGGAGGAGGAGGCUGGGCCGAGCCCGAUCCCGACCCGCCGGGCCUCAUGGAAGCUAUGGAUCGGAAGAGGUGGGAGUGCUCAGCCCUCCCGCAGGGAUGGAAAAGGGAAGAAGUGACCAGGAAAUCGGGGCUCUCCGCUGGCAAGAGUGAUGUCUAUUAUUAUAGCCCGAGCGGGAAGAAAUUCCGGAGCAAGCCGCAGCUGGCCCGUUACCUGGGCAAUUCCAUGGACCUGAGCACCUUCGACUUCCGGACGGGAAAGAUGCUCAUGAGCAAAGUCAACAAGAACAGGCAGCGGAUGCGCUAUGACUGCUCCAGCCAGGCCAAGGGCAAACCCGACCUGAACACGGCGCUCCCCGUCCGGCAGACGGCUUCGAUCUUCAAGCAGCCCGUCACCAAGAUCACCAACCACCCGAGCAAUAAAGUCAAGACGGACCCCCAAAAGGCAGUUGAUCAACCCCGCCAGCUCUUCUGGGAGAAGAAGCUGAGCGGCCUGAAUGCCUUCGAUAUCGCAGAGGAGCUGGUGAAAACCAUGGACCUCCCGAAAGGUUUGCAAGGCGUGGGGCCCGGCUGCACCGACGAGACCCUCCUCUCGGCCAUUGCCAGCGCCCUGCACACCAGCACUAUGCCCAUCACUGGGCAGCUCUCUGCCGCUGUGGAGAAGAACCCCGGAGUCUGGCUCAACACUUCCCAGCCCCUCUGCAAAGCCUUCAUGGUGACCGAUGAGGACAUCAGGAAACAGGAAGAGCUCGUACAGCAGGUACGGAAGAGGCUAGAAGACGCUCUGAUGGCUGACAUGCUCGCUCACGUAGAGGAGAUCGCGAGGGACGGCGAGGCGCCCGAGGAGAAGGCCUUGGGGGACGAAGACGGGGAGGAAGAAGAGGAGGAGGAGGAGGAGGACGUGGAUCGCGGGCCGGAGGUGGAGAGCGUAUAGUCCAGGGAGUCCCUCUUGAGAAUCCUAGCCUUUCCUCGCUCCGCGAUGGGGCGAGCUUGCCAUCGGACAGCAUCGCAUGCCAUCUCCGCAGCCGCCUGGAGGUGCCUCCAGCCUCCGGUCGUCUUCAGCCUUUAUUUGCCGGAAGCUUGAGAAUCCAGUGGCUCAGUAGAUCCUGGCUAGCUUGAAGAUGGACUUUACUAAAAUCCGUACUCUUUCUCUCUCUCUCUUCUCUCUCUCAACCCACCCCCACCACCAAUUGUUAUUUUCUCAAGUGUUAACAGGGAAGGAACUCGGAGAAACUCCAAACAUGAACUACUCCAUCUUUUAUUUCCAGGGCAGCGAUGCAAUUUGCCCUGGUGGUGGCUGUUUUUAAUUAUUAAUUAGCAGACACGUACCCAAACUUAACGUCCUCUUUCAGCUUAAGGUAGAGGCACCGUUUUUAAAUGGGAACCACCUGUCCCAUACUUUGUUUGUUUGCUUCAGUUGUAGAUAAUCCUUCCUUCUGCGAAAGCUUGCCAUGGGAUUUUUGUGUGUGCGUUGGUGUGUUUCCAUCUGACUUGGGGGGGGAGGGCAUUUUCAAGACUUGUCCGGUCUUCCCAGAGGUGUAACGGGGGGGGGGGGUCCUUCCCAUAGGAAGGGAACGAUAACCGUCUCGGGGGGCCCAAAAGCUGCCAGACGUUUUGUGUGGAUCUCUCAAAAGUGCAGACAUUUGGGGUUACACACACAAAGUCCAUUUAUCCAGUGGCAAUGUCGGAGGGACCCAUUUGGAGAAAACUUUCGUAAGCUUAAAGGUGCUGUAUCAUUUGUGUUUUUAAUGACCAGUGCAUUGCGAGGGCGGUAUAUACUGACCUCUCCAAAUCCGUUUUACUAGAUUCAAAUCAUUUGCUUGGGGGUGGGGCAGGUGGGGGGCCUUUUUUGCUCCUCGCACGCAAUUAGAAGCAAUAGAUUGAAAGUGCCGCUUGUCCUUGGAAGAGGGGAGCUGAGCUCAUCCGGUUUUGCAGCGAUGCAGAAUCUGCCUUAUUAGACGUGUUCAGCAUCGUACACGGAGUAAACCUCACAACACAAAGCUGUCACAAAAUUGGGCUUGCUUGGAAUUAGCGCAACGCUUGCGCCGAGGAGCCGGCACGUCGCCGUGCAAAACCAUGCAAAAAUCUGCAGGUUUUAAUUGCACCGUUGCUGUACAAUAAUCUGUAGGUUUUAAUGGCACUGUUGCCGUGCAGAAAUAUUUGGGUUUAAAUUGCACCGUUGCUGUGCAGAAAUCUGGGUUUUAAUCGCACCGUUGCCAUGCAGAAAUCUGUUGGUUUUAAUCGCACCGUUGCAAAAGUCUGUGGGUUUUACUUUUUACCCGCGCUUGUUCUGAACCUAUUUAAACCAUUGCUUUCUGGAGCCACACACAAGGACGGGAACCUGUGGCGGAAAAUCCUGGCUUGUUUUUGCCGCCCGGGACCCAUGCAGUUUUCAGCUUUGGUUCAGCGUAGCACCUGCCCCCUCCCGCAAUCCCAUCUCCAGUGCUGGGGUUUUUUGCCAUCCCACCUGCCAGCUCCACAUUGGUGCUUCCAAACCACUUAUGGGAUUGUUUCUGUGGGGCUCCGCACUGCACCCGGUUCAUUGACCAUCCCUGCUACUGAAUUUUGUCCAUUUCGGUGUGGGUGGGUGGGUGGGUGGGUGUGUGUGUGUGUGUGUGUGUGUGUGUGUGUGUGUCAGUGUCAUAAUCCCAGAAGCGCGAAUUUUCACUCCGUUCCGAAGCAGUUUUUGAAGACUCCCUUUUGGGUAGGGGAAGUUAGGAGAGGCACAUUCUUACAAUGGAGGGAUUUACCCGUUUUGUACACACACAAAUGCCUGUCUUUCCUUUCCUCCUCCCUCUCCUUUUUUUUCUCCACCUGCGGUUCCACCUUUUCAGGUAACUCCAUGCAAAGCUUCUCCUUUUAAGGUUUCGCCGGAAGUAAAAACGGCACCGCGAGCUUCUCUCGCUCCCUGCGAUGUUGCCAUAGCAGAAACCUUGUUCCUGCCGCACGGACAGGAACUUUUGCGGUGUCUGGUCACUACCCGGUGGUCCCCGUCCGAAGCGAGUUUCUUUUAUUCCUCGAAGCGACUUUUCUCUCUACUGCUUUUGCGGGGUGGGGUAUAGUGCGGGGUUUUGCAGCUUUUAGAAAUUUCGCGGCAAUUCAGGAGCCCCUUCUCUUCCCCCCCCCCUCGCCUCCUUAGCACUAACUGAUGGUGUCCUUUCAGCCGUGAUCAUAUUUGUAAUAUUUGUUUGGGGGGGACUAUUAGUUUUGUAAUUAAAAAGGGAAAAAGAAAACACUGUUUUCCGUACCUUCUUCCCGUCUGUUUCUUUUAACGCUUGGCAAGAAAACAUCGAGCUUGAAUGCAAGCUGUUUUGCGACCUCAAGGCUGUGGAGUUGGAAAAGGAUUGGGAGGUGGAGGAACGUCGCUGAGAAAAGGAUCAAGCAUCUUGCCUUCUAAAAAAUUUGCCGCAACUGCUCUUGUGAUCUCCUCCUGGCGCUCAGGAAAUCUCUGUACCCGCUGGGCUUUUGCUCAAUGAGGUGGUAGAACAGUUCACCACUUUCCCCAUUUGGAAAUAAUAAUAAUAAUAAGUGUUGGAAGGAGGAAGUUGGGAAGAGUGUCACUCUGUGCUUUUUCCAAGGCUCGGAUUAAUUCUACCAGAUCUGCAUUUCCCCCAGAUCACUUAGAAAGCUCACUCUUUGCUUUUCCCCUUCCUUGGGUGGGUGCAGCUGAUCCAGUGAAGUAGCGGGGGGAAUCCCAAACGUUUGGCACCCUCCACGAGGGGUUUCACUUUUAAUUUGUAUUCCGCCUUAAGGCGGUUUGCAAGCUGCAAACAAAAUAAACGGCAAGGAUUGUGUACAUUGUACCGGUAGUACAGUGGUACCUCGGUUUAUGAACACAAUUGGUUCAGGAAGUCUGUUCAUAAACUGAAGCGUUCAUAAACGGAAGCGAACUUUCCCAUUGAAAGUAAUGGAAAGUGAAUUAAUCCGUUCCAGAUGGGUCUGCGGCGUUCGUAAACCGAAAGUUCGUAAACCGAGGUGUUCAUAAACCGAGGUUCCACUGUAGAGGUGAAACACUGAAAAUUAGAAUAUCGUCGAAGAAUGCAUUUAUUUCAGUAACGCAACAUAAAAGGCGAAACCAAUAUCUGAGAUAGAUGCAUGACAUGCAAAGCAAGAUAUGCCAAGCCUUUAUUUGUUGUAAUUAUUUGUCGUUAGGC